AUUUGAGGCACAUUCCUGUACCAGUUCAGCCCUCAAUACAAUUUCAAACAUCACCCACUGCAAAGGUCACCUCUUUAACUCCUUCAACUCCAUCUGGAGAAACUCAAUCAAUGGUUAAUGCAAAUUCUGGAGAGGGUCAGAAAGUCACUAUUGGAAUACCCUCAAAGCCAACCCAAGGGAUGUCAUUGAAUUCUACACCUGAUGCUCAGAAAACGGCACAAAAACUUGUGUUAUUCAACAUCAAAGGUCAGUUUGUGACCCCCCAGGGGUUACCUGUGACCCUAGCAGAUGGCAAGCUGGUGAUGCAGCAGCAACCGGGACUUCCAGGUUUACAAAGUUCCAACCUUACAUCGGCACUACUACAAGGAAUCAAACUCACACCACACAGCAUAUCUCAUUUGAAAGAGGCUGAUAAAGUUGAAAGAAGUAAGAAACUAUUGGAGACAUUGUCACUACCAAAACAGCCUGUCCAAGGAAGAGAAUCCGUGGCUGUUACAUUAACUGAGAGCACCCCAGUCCAAGAAUCUAUAAGUGGCUCUCAAGAGCCUGGUGUGAGUGGAGCAGAGGGGAACCUGCUGUCUAAGUUAAUGGCUACACCCCCUAUUACAACUAAGGCAUUGUCCACCUCAACUGCGACUCAAAAUGGAACAUCCCCUGAUAGCAGUAACACAGUAACCAUGGUAACAGAUUCAUGAUAGAAAC